AUGAACGGAGAAUUGCUUGUUUGUCUAUUGAUUUGCAUGCUGAGACUAAAUAGAGUUGCAGGAGUCAGCCACGUGGAGCUGGGCCGACGUGAAUUCGUGGAAACGUCGUGCUUAUUCAGUGUAAUUAGCCUGUGGGGAAGCCAGCAUGCGGACGGCUUUGCUUUGUCUGGUGAACGCUUCAUCAACCCGGUCUUCCCUGAUGUUUUCCCAUGUUCUUACCACGACUGCACGAACCCAUCCAUCCAUUUCAGCCCAUUUCUAUUGAAUACAAAAGUAGAAACCGAAGCAGAAAUCAGGAUAUUGAUCGAUGAUCCAUUUCGUCAUGUGACGAUCAUUCAUGCAUCACAGGAAUUGGCCACCGUA